AUGGGAGAGUCGCACCCUCUCCCUGAAGGGUUCACUGAACUCGAAAUGUUUGGCUUUGGCACAGUUAUGAUGGCGGAAGCAUUACUUGGGUUCUGCCUGAAUGGGCUGACAAUCAUUUGUUUCCACAAAAUCAAAGAACUUCGGACUCCUGGCAACUUCCUGGUUUUCAGCCUCGCCUUAUCCGACUGUGGGAUCUGCAUCAACGCAUUCGUUGCUGCCUUCUCUAGCUUCUUAAGACACUGGCCCUACGGCUCUGACGGCUGCCAGGUGCACGGAUUCCACGGGUUCUUAACAUCCCUUUCCAGCAUUAGUUUUGCAGCUGCAGUUGCCUGCGACCGAUACCAUCAUUACUGCACUAGAAGUAAAUUACAGUGGAGCUCGGUCAUUUCCAUGGUGCUCUUUGUGUGGCUGUUUGCGGCCUUUUGGUCUGCAAUGCCACUUCUGGGAUGGGGCAAAUAUGAUUAUGAACCCCUCAGGACCUGCUGCACAUUGGACUACACUAAAGGAGACAUAAACUAUGUCACAUAUCUUAUUGCUCUGGCCUUUUUCAAUUUUGUGAUCCCGGUUUUCAUCAUGCUAACAGCCUACCAAUCUAUAGAUCAGAAGUUCAAGAAAACGGGACAAUACAAGUUUAAUACCGGCUUGCCAGUGAAAUCUUUGGUCAUUUGCUGGGGUCCUUACUCACUUUUAUGCUUCUAUGCAGCAAUUGAAAAUGUGACUUUCAUUUCACCCCAAAUCCGAAUGAUUCCUGCUGUCAUUGCUAAGAUUUCACCAGCAGUGAAUGCCUUCCUCUAUGCCCUGAGGAACGAGAACUACAGAGGAGGAAUAUGGCAAUUCCUUACAGGACAGAAGACUGAGAAAGCUGAAGUGGAUAACAAAACAAAAUAA